AUGUUGUCGUUGCGGUCGAUUUCCCUGGUGCUGCUUCUUUCGUUGGACCACCUACGAGUCGCAGCGUCGCAAUGCCGAUUGAAGGUGAACAACGUGUUAGAUGACCCUAGCAUCCCGUCGCCCGCACCCCUACCAGGGAAUGGCACUACCACUGCGCCACCGAAUGCGGACUCGGGCAACGGGACCUCCACUCAGGAAUGGGUUCCGUUCAACUAUGGCAAGGACACCAUACGGGGUGUGAAUUUGGGAGGCUGGCUAGUGCUUGAACCAUGGAUAACGCCCAGUUUCUUUGAGAGGACGAACAACACCAAUGUCGUAGACGAAUUCACCCUCGGACAGCUGGUCGAUCGUGACGUCGCCCUCGAUAUGCUCAAGGACCACUGGGAGACGUGGAUAACCGAGGAUGAUUUCAAAGCCAUCAAGGCUGCUGGUCUCAACCACGUUCGCAUCCCUCUCGGAUACUGGUCAGUUCCUCUCACGGAAUCUGACACUCAAUACACAACUUCCGUCGCACCAUAUAUCCCGGGUGCAUGGCCAUACCUUCUCCGUGCCCUCAAUUGGGGGCGGAAACACAAUGUUCAUGUGAUCGUUGACCUCCAUGGAGCCCCCGGGUCGCAAAACGGUUACGAUAACUCCGGGCAACGUACAGGAAAUCCGCAAUGGGCGGUCUCUUCCAAUGUCAAUCGCACAGUCGAAGUGCUGAGGUUCAUAGCAAAGAAUGCUGGAGGGAUGAUAGAUGUCAUGGAGUUGCUGAAUGAACCUGGAGGGUUUAUGCCAAGUGUUGCUGCCGUCAUCCGGGAUUUCUGGUUGAACGGAUACAGCGCUGUGAGAGAUGCUGCGGGGGAGGAUAUUGGAGUGAUGAUCGGGGAUGCGUUUAUGGGGGUCGGAAACUGGCAGAACUUCUUGACGCCUCCACAAGGUCACGGUGUCCUCAUGGACUUCCACGAAUACCAAAUCUUCAGCAAGCCUGAGUUGGCACGAACCUGGGACGAGCAUGUCGAGUUUGCUUGCACACAUGUGAACACACUUUCCACCUUCGCGUCAUCGAAUCUAUGGACCAUCAUCGGCGAAUGGUCCAAUGCGCCGACUGACUGCGCGAAAUGGCUCAAUGGACGGGGUAAUGGGGCCCGCUGGGACGGGUCGUUUAAUCCAGAUCCUUCGGACUUGCGUACCUUUGGAACGUGCAGCAACAUGACAGGGAGUUGGGAGGGUUGGUCAGACAAGUACAAGACUUUCCUGAGAAGGUGCGCACAGAUUUCGUGGUCGCUUGUAAUGUCGCUAAGGACCCAUGGGCUCAUCAUAUGGAUCGGUCAUAGAUACUUCGAGGUGCAAGUAGAGAUUGGGGAGAGUAUACAGGGGUGGAUGUUCUGGACGUGGAAGGCAGAACAAGCAGAUGAGUGGAGCUACCAAAAAGGCCUCGAGGGUGGAUGGAUUCCGAAAGACCCCACUGACAGGAUGUACCCUAAUUUAUGUUCGUGA